AUGUCUGUAGAAAAUGCUAAUGCGGGCUUAUGGAGCACUUUAGAACCAAAAUUGAGUCCUUUCAUUCUAGAAACCCUGGCCACCAUGGGAUUCACCGAAAUGACACCUGUACAAGCAGGAGCCAUUCCGUUGUUUAUGAAAAAUAAAGACGUAGUUGUUGAGGCUGUAACGGGUUCUGGUAAAACUCUUGCAUUUGUCAUUCCAAUUAUUGAAAAACUAGUUCAUCUAAAGAAAAGAUUUGCCAAAAAUGAGAUAGGUGCUUUAGUUAUAACACCUACAAGAGAAUUGGCCCAACAAAUUUCAUCAGUAUUUUCGAUAUUUCUUAAAGACUCUGUGAUACUAUUACCAAAGCAUGCACUCAUAACUGGAGGUACAAGUACACUUCAAGAUGAUAUUCGUUACAUUAAAGAAUUUGGACCGGAUAUUCUAAUAGGAACACCUGGACGACUAGAAGAUUUGCUGGUUGGUAGAGGAUCAGCAAAAAAUUAUGUUAAUACUAAAGAAUUAGAAAUAUUGGUAUUAGAUGAAGCCGAUAGAUUAUUUGAUAUGGGAUUUUCUCAAUCUCUAAAUAAUAUUAUUGCACAUCUGCCUAAACAAAGACGUACUGGAUUAUUUUCUGCAACGAUGACUGAUGGACUUGCAGAAGUUGUACGUGCUGGUUUAAGAAACCCGGUAAGGGUUAUGGUUAAAGUCGAAGAUCUUGUAUCUAAAGAUAUACAGCGAAUUCCUGCAACACUUCAAAUAGGAUACAUCUUGUGUGAACCACAUCAGAAAUUAUCACAGAUUUUACGACUGUUAACGCGUGAGACAAUUGCAAAAAAAUAUAUGAUUUAUUUUGCAACGUGUGCGUGUGUUGAUUACUUUUUUAAGAUAUUCUCAAAAUUACCACAACUGAAGGGUAUUUCAAUUUAUUCACUUCAUGGAAAAAUGGAUACAAAAAGACGAACAGCAACUUAUCAGGCAUUUCUGAACCUUCCAUCAACGUCGUCAGCACUUCUUUUGUGUACAGAUGUUGCUGCGCGAGGGCUAGACGUGCCUGAUGUGGAUGUUGUGAUACAAAUGGACCCUCCUCAAGACCCUAAAGUUUUUGCUCAUCGAUGCGGUAGAACUGCACGAGCAGGGAAGGAGGGGUCAUCGAUUAAAUGUCUUCAUAAUUUACGACUUAAUGUAUUGCGAAUUUUUAUGCCAGAUUUCUUAAAAAUCCGUAAAAUUCCUUUACAGCAAUUGGCGUAUAUUUUACCUGGUGAUGACAAAUUCAGCACCAAUUCUCUAGCAGUAAAUGAUGAUUCAAUAUCACAAGAUCCUGUUAUUGACGAUGAUAAUGAGGCUUUCUUGGAACAAGUUCGAAACAUUGUUUUGAAGGACAGAGAAUUGCAUGACAAGGGGACUAAAGCCUUCGUGUCAUAUGUUCGUUCAUAUUCCAAGCACGAAGCAAAUUAUAUUUUUCGAUUAAAGGAUUUAGAUUUGAGAAAAGUGGCGAAAGGUUAUUGUUUAUUGAGACUACCUAAAAUGCCAGAAUUAAAAGAUAUCAAGGUUGAAUUCGAGGAUACUAGUAUAAAUAUGGACGGAUAUAGAUAUGCAAACAAAGCACGUGAGCAAAAAAGACUGUUAAAAUUAGAAAGUGAUAAAGCAAAAUUGAAUGACCAGCAAGUUAGUCGUCAAAAAAAAGUAUUUAAAGGUCCGUGGUCGGAAAAAGUAGCCGCCAAACAACGCAGGAUUGAACGAAGAAUCAAAAGAUCAAAAAAGAAAGAAAAUUUAAAAAAGCGAAAGGCCGAAGAGAUGAAUGGACCAUCCGUGGAUAUCAACCAAAAUAAGGAUGUAAGAAGCUAUUCUGAAGAUGAAUGGGAAGAAUUACAAAAAGAGGAAAGGUUGGCGAAGAAGCUCAGAAAGGGCCUAAUUAAUCAAGAAGAUUUCGAAAAAGAAACGGGCUUAAGGAUUGGUGAUGAAGUAGAUGCAUGA